AUGGCACUUAUCGGUUAUCAGAGCAGGCCUGCGCUGCGCGUGCGCUGCGGACGAACAGUUGAUGCUCGCACGCCGAGAGGAAGACACAUCCGCCGGCGAGGCGCUCGCGAUAAAGUGAACCGACGGAAUUUCGCGCGCAUUUUCGCCGUUACAGCGCACGCGAUACAAGUUGACUUUGAGGGGAUUAUAAUCGAAUGUAAUACAGAG